CACUACUGCAGGUCUUGUGCAAGCAGGACAUUCAGUCACUGUCAAUUUGCUUUUUUCACUUAUUGUUGAACAGAUACAUCAUAAUGUUGACUUUUGAUGAUGUUUUGGAAGAAGUAGGAGGAUUUGGAUUAUAUCAGAAGAUCACAUUCUUUUUUGUAUGCCUGACCUCAGCGGCGUUCGCCUAUCUCUAUGUUGGAUUUGUUUUUUUAGCAGUUACUCCUGACCAUUGGUGCAGGAGUCCUGGGGUGACUGAGCUGAGAGAUAAAUGCAACUGGUCUCUGGAACAGGAGAAGAAUUAUACGUUACCUGUGGGGCAAUCUGGCAGCUCCUCAUACAGUCAGUGUGAGACAUACGAUAUUGACUGGAACUCUUCUUCAGGCAGCUGUGAAAAUCCACUGCUUUUUGUCCAGAAUGGAUCCCAAGAUCUACCACGUACAACUUGCCAGGACGGGUGGGUUUUUGAAAAUGGCUCCAUCUCCAGUAUUGUGACGGAGUUUGAACUGGUAUGUGCUGAUUCCUGGAAACUGGAUCUGUCUCAAGCAUGUUUAAACCUGGGAUUUACGCUUGGAACAGUAAUCAUGGGUUAUGGAGCAGACAGGUUUGGCAGAAAAUCGAGCUUCCUGUUUGCAACAUUUGUAACUUCAGCUCUGGGACUUGUAGUACCAUUCUUACCGAAUUACACUUGGUUUUUGAUUUUCCGUACGUUGCAAGGCUUGUUCAGCAAAGGAAGUUGGGUGUGCGCAUAUGUCUUCAUUACAGAGCUUGUUGGACUACAGUACAGAAGAACAGUGGGUAUUCUAUAUCAAGUGUGUUUCAGCUCGGGGAUGAUGCUACUUGCAGCUGUUGCUUAUUUUAUACCAGACUGGAGAAAUCUACAGCUGGCAACUACCAUUCCAGGCUUUUUCUUCCUGACCUACUACUGGUUGAUCCCAGAGUCUCCCAGGUGGAUGCUGUCUCAAAAGAAGAAUACUGAAGCUGUGAAUGUCAUACAGCAAAUGGCAAAAAGGAACGGGAAAAGCUUUUCAAAGAAAAUUGAGAUAGUUGAAGAGCACAGUGAGGACUUUAAUCGUCCUUCCUUUGUAGAGCUGGUACGGACUCCUCAGAUGAGGAAACACACCUUUAUCUUGACAUUUAACUGGUUUGCUAUUACCUUGGUAUACCAAGGGCUUAUCAUGCGUUUGGGAACUCUGGGAGGAAAUAUUUACCUUGACUUCUUCAUUUCGGGAGCAGUAGAAAUCCCAGCAGCAAUUCUCAUCCUUUCAACCAUUGAGCGGAUUGGACGGCGCCUUCCCUUUGCGGCAGGUGGUCUGUUGUCAGGGAGCACUUGUCUAAUAGCUGCAUUCAUACCUGAAAGUAUCAGUUGGUUGGCAACAGCAAUAGCCUUUGUGGGUAAAUUAGGAAUCACUAUCUGCAUCGAAAUGGUGAUAUUUGUAAAUACUGAACUAUACCCAACAUUUAUAAGGAACCUUGGUGUUUCAGCAUGCUCAUCACUGUGCGAUAUUGGAGGGAUUGCUGCUCCAUUCAUUGUGUACCGACUGUCAGAAAUCUGGAUGGGGUUACCUCUUGUGGUUUUAGGGGUGCUUGGUUUGAUUGUUGGUGGCCUAGUGUUGCUCUUGCCUGAAACAAAGGGCAUGACUUUACCAGACACCGUUGAAGAUGUGGAGAAUCUCAGACGACCAAAGAAAAAGAUUCUGAAGACUCACCAUCAGCAGUCGGUGCUGUAUUCCACAGAUGUCAAGGAUCCAGCUUCAGUGAAGAUGGUUGUUGAAGGAUGAAUUAGCUUCUAGAUAUUUUUAAUUAGCCAUAAAGAGGUAAUGACACACCUCUGGAGCAGGUGGGACUUGAACCCAGGCCUUCUAGCCCAGAGGUAGGGACAUUGUCACCACACCACCAAUGAAUUAGCUUCUAUUACUUUCUAAUCAACUUGCUCAGAGAUGCUAUGACACACCUUUGCAGCAGGUAAGCGCACACAGUUCUUUGCUCAGAGGUAGGGAACCCUGCCCCUAUACCAUAACAACCGUAAUGAUUAGCUUCUAGUGUUUGACACAAAUAGUAGGCUACAGCUGCUAAGGUUUAUGCUUCACAAUCCAAUAAUAUCCAUUUGUUUCCUGUGAUUUACUAAUAUCUGUGAUUAGGAUUGGUGUUUGUUAUUAGUACAGCUUUCAAGGUGAAACAAAUCAGAGGUGAGAAAUCAGUUAAAAAUUAAAGGUGCAUUUUUCUGAGUCUGUACUUUGUAAUGUUAAAUAUGAAAUAUUUAAUCAAGCCGUGAUUAAUAAUUUAAAAAAAAGAAAAUAAAUUCUUGAAUUUUAAACUUGA